CCCGUUGCCAGUUUUAGGUUCUCAAUUUGGCCAAAACCCGGUUCUUCUCUCCAGUCUCCUCACCUUCCUUCUCCAGUCCGGCUUCCAGUCUCUUCUUCUUUCUUCUGUUCUUGAAGAUCAGUCAUCCGUGUUUUAUUCUCUGCUCUUAGCUAGGGUUCCCUUCUUUUUCUCUUGCUCUCUCUCUAUAUCCAUUUUGGCUGUAGUGCCAGCUAUUGUGUGUGGGUGUGUGUGUGUGUUUUUUUUUUCUUUCCGGGAGUUGUAGUUUCCUUAGAUUCCGAUCCAUCAUUGUGCUGAAUUAAAGGAUGAUGAUGAUGAUGAGUGUGGGGUGAGUUCCCUCUCAUGUAUGGUCUGACUCGAAGCAAAACUUGUACAGUUUGUGGAUAUCUCCCGAGGUUUAGGCAUCAUGCGGUUCGUUUUGGUGAGGAUUCUGGAUAAGGAAUUUUCUUCAUGCUCUGUCUCUCCCUCUAUGUGAUGGCUGGAUUCUGAUUUAACUGCAAAUUCGAUAAACCCCAAAGAAUAAAAAGAAAGUAGUAAAAGAUAUGUUCUGUUUCUACUGUAUCCGAAAUGCUACUACUAGUAGUUAGUUGGUCCAGUGUAUUCUUUAUUCUAAUACCAGUGUUCCUACCUAAGUAGUAUCAAUUAGUCUUUUGGUUGAGUUUUGACUUGAGUGCUAAGUAUUAUUUUGGGUAACAGAGGCGGAUCCGCAUCGAAUUCUGUGGUUACUGCUUCUUCUCUUUUGCAGUACCUCUACUAUUGACUACUUACCAGGUAUCGCCCUCCACCACCACCAUAACCACCACGGCCCACAAGAUUUUUCUGCUGUUUGAUGAUGUGGCCGCAGAUGAAAGAAAGCUCCUUUUCUAUCCCUUGCUCGUCCGAGAGGAUUUAAAGCAGCGUUAGCCGACGACAUAGCCACCCUCUGGUCCUCUCAGUGUAGAUGGACACUUACUCCUCUGGAGAAGAACUGAUAAUUAAAGCCAGGAAGCCUUACACUAUAACUAAGCAACGUGAGCGGUGGACCGAGGAGGAGCAUAAUAGGUUCCUAGAAGCCUUGAAGCUGUACGGACGUGCUUGGCAGCGUAUAGAAGAACAUAUAGGAACAAAGACUGCGGUGCAGAUCAGAAGUCAUGCACAGAAAUUCUUUACAAAGUUGGAGAAGGAAGCCCUUGCUAAAGGAACCCCAAUAGGACAAGCUCUUGAUAUUGAAAUUCCACCUCCCCGUCCCAAAAGGAAACCAUGUAAUCCAUAUCCUCGAAAGAUGAGCAUUGGUCUGCCUACUUCCCAGGUGGAAUCAAAGGAUGGAAAAUUAGGGAAUCCAAGUUCUUCUCUGCCCCAGGCUGAACACAUACUAGAUCUGGAGAAAGAACCAGCUGCUGAGAAACCUGAGGGUGAGAAGUUUGAAGAUGCUAAGGAAAAUCAUGAUGAGGGUGAAUCCAAUAAAUGUUUCAACCUUCUCCAAGCAUCUCCUGGUAUCUCCCCAUCUUCAGCAAACACAUGCUCCUCAACAAUGGCUUCAGGAAAAUCGUCUGUCCUUAAGGAGUUCGUGCCAAUUUUCAAUGAGGUGGUCAAUAGGGAUGAAACUAUUGAAUCCUAUGUUACUGUUGAAGCCGGACCAAAUCAGAAUUCAGACAAAUUUUAUACCAUACAGUCAUUUGAGGAGAAUGGCACUUGUAACAGCAGAAAUUGGGCAAAUGCACACUCUUUAAAUGAUAAACCGGCUCAAAACAAAGGAAAUGUACCGGAACAAUCUGAAAAUAUUGACACCUCGCCAAAAAAUGGUGUACAAUCUCCGAAGAGCCAACCCAGACAUGUUGCGGUGCACAUUCUUGAUGGGAGCUUAAGAAUGAAUGCUCCGAAUGUUUCUGCCCAUAUGCCAUAUGAGGAAUCCUCAUUUCAUGAGAUCGGUGGGGUUAAUUCAAACAUAUUCUCUACUCUUUCUUCAUCUGCUACAUCUCAGCAUCAGAGCAGUGCAUCCAGGUUUUCCAUUAGCCAGCCAUUUGUCGGUUUCAAUCCUAUCUGGACUCCAGUCCAUCAAGAAGAUUACCAUUCAUUCCUGCAUGCGUCCUCUACCUUCUCAAAUCUAAUUGUAUCUGCUUUAUUACAAAAUCCAACGGCUCAUGCUGCAGGAAGCUUUGCUGCUAGUUUGUGGCCAUGCUCAACCACAGAAGCUCCUGUGGAGUCACCUGGAGGAAGUACAGGAGGAUUUACAGCAAGACAGAUGAAUGCAGCUCCAAGCAUAACAUCAAUUGCCGCGGCCACAGUGGCAGCUGCAACUGCAUGGUGGACAGCCCAUGGGCUUUUGCCACUUUGUGCUCCAUUUCACAUGGGUUUAAACUAUGUGCCUGUUUCAGGCUCCGCAGUUCCUGCAGUUACCAAUCAACCAAGAGUUGACAUUACUGAAAGAAGAGAAGAAAUCAGUGGUCCUCCCUUGGAUGCUAAACAUCUGGAACCAGAAUUUUCUGAAGCUCUGCAAGAGCAGCAUUCAACCUCAAAAUCACCGACUUUGUCAUUGUCAGAUUCUGAGGAAAGUAAAGGUCUGAAUUCAAGUAAUAAAUCAACUGCUAAAAAAACUGAUAGUGCAGCAGUGACUGAUGUUAAUGAUUCAAACAAGCCAAAGGGUAGGAAACGGGUAGACCGCUCUUCAUGUGGAUCAAAUACACCUUCGAGCAGUGAAGUAGAGACAGAUGCUUUGGAGAAGCUUGAGAAAGGAAAGGAAGAGUUAAGGGAACCUGUUGUAAGUCAGCCUAUUGCUGAUUCUAGCGGUCGACGAAGUAGAAGCUCCAGCAGUACAAGCGAUUCUUGGAAGGAGGUUUCUGAGGAGGGCCGGCUGGCUUUUCAGGCUCUAUUUUCCAGGGAAGUACUGCCACAAAGCUUUUCUCCUCCACAUGAUUCAAAGAAUAAAGGAAAGAACACUAAUGAGAAAAAUAAGGAUAACGCAGAUGAGAAAGGUGACGAGGGAUAUCUGCUAGACCUCAAUGGGAAGAUGUGCAUGAAUUCUGCCAUUCAUCAAGAAUUGGAGAAUAAUUCGAGUUUAAGAUGUUUAAACAUCACGGAAGGGGGACUACUGACUACGGGAAAACUGAAAGUGCGUCGGACAGGAUUUAAACCUUACAAAAGGUGCUCUGUGGAGGCCAAGGAGAACAGGUUGGUAUGUGCUGGAAGCCAAGAAGAAGAAAAAGGUACGAAGAGAAUACGGUUGGAGGGUGAGGCUUCCUACUCAUUGAACAUGCAACACAGAUGACAAAGAUCUUUGCAUGUUUCAGAGUGCAGCAUGUUAUUACGUCUAUCUAGUUUGAUUAUGUUUACUUUAAAAGCUCACGAAACUUAUCGUGUAGAUCUGCUACAAUUUGUUAUUUUGGAGCUGUGCAAAUACUACGCAUAAACAUCCUUUUAAUGCAAUCUGUAAUUGUAAGAAAAUGAAAGGACCUUGAUCAGGCCAUUUCUUUGAAAUUGUCCUUCCCUUCA